AUGAAAUAUAUAGUGCUCUUUGCUUUGGUACUUUUGACAAUCGCAGUCAAUGACAAUCAGACAAAGUAAUUGUUAAAUAAAUAAAAAGACAAAAAUCAAUUGAGGAAUAACAUCCUUCUCUUUUUAGAGCAUUAAAAAACAUGGCAUUAUUACAAGAGCAAUCAUAAUAAUUGGACUACUCUCGUCUGAUCAAUGCCAUCAACGAUCUUGAAUCUGAAAUCGCACAGAACAAGGAAGAUGAAAAUGCCUCAUUCAACAAGGACUUUUUAUCCAACAAUGCAGAUUAAGAGUUUUAUGAAAAUCAAAUCACUCAAUAUCAAGUGGAAGUGGCUCAACAUGAAGUUGAUUUGGCUGAUCUUACAGAAGCUAGGAACUCAUUACAAUCCUUAUUGAAUGAUUCAAUCAAGGAACAAUAGGAUGUUACUCUCUUGAGAAAUCAAUUGGAUCAAUAGAUAAAGACUGAUGCUGCUAAUACUGCUGCCCAAUUACAAGAGUUUGAUGAUUCUGCUGCUGCAAUCGAUGAAGCUCUUAACUUGUUGACCUCCUUGAAGAAUGCUGAUAGUUUGGCAUAAGUCAAUGACAAAUUGAAGACUCAUUUAAGUCAACAAAAGGUGUUCUUCCAACCCUUGAUUGUUGCUCUUGCUGAUAUUGCCUAAUCUAAGUAAAACACAAUACUAGAUUACUUUAUAGUUUCGCAAAUCAAGAAUUGAUCAGCAAAGUCACUAAUCUUCUCAACUAAUUGAGAACUUCACUCCUGGAAAGCAGAUUACAAUUGGUAGUGUCAUCUUAAGGAUUGGAAGCAUUGAAUAAGGAAUUGUUGACUACCUACGAUGACAAAUUAAAUGUGUUAUCCACAGUUGUCUUACCAGAUUUGAGAGAGAACAUUGAAAUCAAGGAUGGUAUGUGUUUGAAUAUCCAAUAAUGUAGCUGAAAUCAAGGCCAAGUCAAAUUUACUUAAUGAUGCCAAAUCCAAUUUGUAAGAUGCUCAAGAUAACUUGAAAGCCACUUAGGAUGCUUGGAUCGUUAGAGCUAAUUUGAACUCUAAAUUAGUCUAAUAAUAUGACAAUGAUCUAUCACUUAUUCAAUAAGUCAAAUAAAGUUUUGACAGGGCAGGUAUCAAAUAAUGAUUGAAUAACAAC